AUGUCCAACAGCAGCUCCAUCACUGAAUUCCUCCUCCUGGCAUUCGCAGACACAUGGGAGCUGCAGCUCUUGCACUUCUGGCUCUUCCUGGCCAUCUACCUGGCUGCCAUCCUGGCCAACAGCCUCAUCAUCACUGCCAUAGCCUGCGACCACCGCCUCCACACCCCCAUGUACUUCUUCCUCCUCAGCCUCACACUCCUUGACCUUGGCUGCAUAUCCACCACUGUCCCCAAAGCCAUGGCCAAUUCCCUGUGGGACACCAGGGCCAUCUCCUACUUGGGAUGUGCUGUACAGUUGUUUUUCUUCCUUUUCUUGUUCACAGCAGAGUAUUGUCUCCUCACCGUCAUGGCUUAUGACCGCUACAUUGCCAUCUGCAAACCCCUGCACUAUUGGACCCUCCUGGGCAGCAGAGCUUGUGUCCACAUGGCAGCAGCUGCCUGGGGCACUGGGUUCCUCUAUUCUCUCAUGCACACUGCCAACACAUUUUCACUCCCACUCUGCCACGGCAAUGCUGUGGACCAGUUCUUCUGUGAAAUCCCCCAGAUCCUCGAGCUUUCCUGCUCAGACUCAGACUACCUCAGGGAAGCUGGACAUAUUGUAUUUAGUGCCUGUUUAGCUGUUGGUUGUUUUGUUUUCAUUGUUCUGUCCUACGUGCAGAUACUCAGGGCCGUGCUGAGGAACCCCUCUGAGCAGGGACGGCAGAAAGCCUUUUCCACGUGCCUCCCUCAUCUGUCCGUGGUCUCCCUGUUUAUCAGCACUGUCACAUCUGCCUAUCUGAAGCCCCACUCCAUCUCUUCCCCAUCCCUGGAUCUUGUGCUGGCAAUCCUUUACUCGGCGGUGCCUCCAGCAGUGAACCCCCUCAUCUACAGCAUUAGGAACCAGGAGCUCAAGAGUGCAGUGUGGAGACUGAUGACUGGAUGCUUUUUAGAAGCAACAAACUGGUCUUAA